CAAUGACGGCUAAGGACUGUCAGACAGUCUAGAUCUGUAGCCGUCAUUGUUUAGGCACUUCUUUCCUAAUUCAACUGUCAAAGUCAUCUUGGGACUUUGAUUCAUUGAUUGUCUUGGAAAAAAUAAAAAUAAAUAGAAAAUAGAAGUGCCAUUAUGUUGUGUUGUAAUGUCUGAAUUCUUGUUCAUUUCAGUUUUUACUAACUGGAUACUAGAAUCACGAAUAUUUUCAGCAAAUACUCCUAUUCAAAUUUACUGCUGAGAUCUCCAAGCUUACAUCUCUGAAGGCCUACAAAGGUCUUUAACAUUUGAUUAUGAUUCGACAUCUUCUAAUCAUGUCAGGAUUGAGCUCUAGUUGCAGUAGGGACUGCUCAGGACGUGGUGAAUGCUACAAUGGCACAUGUUUAUGUGACAUACGUUUCACUGGGGAAUUGUGUGAUGGACCAAACUUGCCAUACCAUACAGGAAUUGGUGGUGUAUUCUUCUUUAUAAGCAUAGUUUGUGCAAUUCAACUCAUUACUUGCAUAAUAUCGGAAUAUGUGAGGUUGAAGGCUCCUAGUCUUCUUAGAGCAUGUAAAGUAACCACACAGAAGUUGAUCUACUUUGUAAUCUGCAUUGCCAGCUUGAUUCGUGGAGCAUACUUCAUAUUUCCUGAAUCUUUUGAAUAUGGUUGGUCAAGUAGUCUGUUAUCAUCCUACUAUCCACUACUCAUGUCAAGUGCAUCACUCAUUGUGUGUUUCUGGGCAGAGCCCAAAUUGGUGAUACCUGACGUCGACCGUGGUCGUACAGAUCCCCGAAAUGUGUUAGCCAUUGUUGUUGGAAUAGAGGAUUCAGACUUUUAUAAAUUAGCAAACAAAAAUGGCACCUUGAAGCAGCUUUUCACCCGUAAUCAAUUUGCAAUUUGCAAAGAAAAGUUCAUUACCAUGGAUGAGAUUUCAGCUCAAGAAAUUUCGGUGUUCCACUUGCCAGGCAUUCGCUGGGAUAAACCUCAGUUCCUGUCUAAAUCUUUCCUCGCAUUCAUCACAUUCAAUGUGAUCAGCUUCAGCCUCCUCAUCGCUGAAACCAUAACCACUCAACUUGCCAAACCGCCACCAGAUGAUCCUCGUUUCUAUCAUCACUUAUUCAAUGGAUGCUAUGCAGUUUUGAUGUUCAUCAUUGUUGUUUUCUUUCUAAUCUAUGGAGUUGAAGUGUACUUCAAGGUUCGAGGAGGUUUCAUCACCAAACCACUUCAACUAGCCAGCAACAAUUUAGAAACACAACCUCUUCGAGAUGAGCCAGACCUCAGGAAUAGGAUCAACCUGUCUCAACUUCACCAGUCACGUAUUGGUUUGUUGAGCCAAGCUCUGAUGCUCAUCAUCAUCUCUGGAUUCCUGUUUUCUGAAACUUUAUCGGAAUUUUGGAAAACAAAGAUCCCCAUCAACUCUCGCAACUUCCUCAACAUCGUCAUCCGUGGCCGUCCUCUGGAACUGCUUGCAGCCUUCCGAGCUGAAGAUCCUCAAUUCCAGCAUGCCAAUCUCUCAGCUCGACCAGACGAGGAGAAAUCUCGAUUUAUCAAAUAUAUAAAAUAUAUCUAUAAAGAAUAUCAAUUCCCUGGCAAUUAUUCCGCAGAGUUAUCCUUACCAUUCACGAUUUCAUUUUAUCAUCCGUGUUUGGCGUCUUGGUUUGUUGGCGUGCCCAUCAACUCUCGCAACCUCCACAACAUCAUAUUCCGUGUGGUGGAGAUCGGCGUGGCCGUAUGGUUCCCUGCGGUCCUCUGGAACUGCAUGCAGCCCUCCGAGCUGUGGAUCCUCAAUCCCAGCAAGCUCCUGUCCCAGCUCGAGCGGCCGAGGAGCGGCGAAGCGGCGGAGGGGGGCGUCAAGGUAGAUAGCGACGACGAGGCGUUCCUGGACAAGCGGGAGUGCUGGAUAUGCUACGACGGGGACAAGAAGGAGCAGCUGAUCCAGCCGUGCGACUGCACUGGGGACGUGUCCAGCGUGCACCACGAGUGUCUCAGAAGGUUAAUGGCUGAUGGAGAGCGCGUCGGCCAGCAACGAGCCGCUCCGGUGCAAGGUGUGCCAGUACGAGUACGACAUAUGCAGGAGCGGCGAGGUGAAGUGGGACAAGGGCUUCACGGCCCACCAUUGGGGCAGCACCGCCUUCGUGGUGACGUGCAUGUGCGUGACGGUGGCUGGCGCCUGGAUCGUCAUCCAGCUGUACGACAACUCGUACGUGCGGAUGGCUAGCGCCAGCGUCGCUCUCAUCAUCAUCUACGUUUGCGUCAGGUUUUUGGGACAAAAUACUCUGAGCGCCUAUCAACGUGCCAAGGUAGCAGCACUGAGUAUUGGAAAUCACGUGACUACGAUCAGCGGUAAUGUGAAUUCGCCGACUACCUCCAACGCUGAGUCCGAGGUUGCCAAUGUUUCACUAUAAUCCAUUUUAGUUUUUUGGAAGUUUUUAGCGAUGGUCCUAGACCACUAGACUAUAUUUCCAUAUUGUCAAACGAUUUCUCCUUGAAAACAUUAUAAUAAAGUUCGCACAUCACAUUGACGUUUGAUCAUUUCUACAGCUAUCACUCGAAAUUGAUUCAUUUAGUACAUGCUAGGGCUAUCCAAAAUACGACUCACUGUGAAGAAUUUAAUAAUAUAAUUUUUCAGAAAUGUUGAUAGAUAAGUUGAAAAGUCUAUGUGCUGUGAACUAAUGCUCAAUUGAACUGCUUGAUAAACAGUCAUAAAAAUAUUCAAAUGGUUGUAUAGGGUGGGUUAAAUUGGACACUUUUCAAAGGAAAGUCCUAUUACUAAGCCAUCCAGAUAAACGCAAACAGUCGGUGGCUAAGGGUCAAUUUUUAUGACAAAAUCAAUGAUAAAAGCCUCAUAUCGACCUCUGAAACUUUUUUGAAUGGAUUCUUUCCAAUUUGUCCAAUUGUCCAAUUUGGUCCACCUGUACUUUGAAAAAUUUUGCAAAUACUGUGAGGACCAAAAGUCCGUCGCCCCCCAUUAACUUUAUAUUACAUAUUUC